AUGGCAUCAAAGAGAAGAUUAACUAGAGAGGAGUCGUCGGUUGUUCUGGGCGAGGAUCAGGUCGCUGAGCUGAAAGAGGCAUUUGAGUUGUUCGACAGCAACAGAACCGGUAUCAUCAAGAAGGAUGCACUGAAGACUGUGCUCAAGCAGUUCAACGUCUUUGUCACCCAAGAUCAGUUGGAUGAGAUGUUCAACGAGGCCGACGCCACCAAGUCUGGCGGUAUUGGUUUCCCAGAGUUUAUGUCCAUGAUGUCACGUCGCAUGAAGCAGACCAGCAAUGAACAGAUUCUAUUAAACGCUUUCAAGACCUUCGACCCAGAGGGAUUGGGAUACAUUCCAUCAAGUGUCAUUUCCAAGGCUCUGCUGUCCCAGGGUGAUAAGCUUAACGAGGCUGAGCUGGCUGAGUUGUUGACCAUUUGUGAGAACGAGCAGAAGCAAGUCAAGUACGAUCUAUUUGUCAACACCCUUUACGCCAAGAAG